CAACCCGCUGCAGUUUGUUGUUAGCCUACGGUGCUAGUUAGCUCCGCAGCUAACGGAACAAACUUACCUCUUGUGUUGUUUUGUUCUGUCUCCUGCCGCCACUUAUCGUUUUUUAUAUUUAUCAGAAGAGCUGCUGGAAUAACAUCGUGUUCGAUUUUUCUAAAUGCGAAGUCCGGUUUAUCAUCGUGGCUGACUUGAGAUGAAGCUAAGGUUAGCUUAGCUGCCGUGUUUGCUAACCAAGGUAGCGAUGGACCACCCCCGAUCCCACAAUCCCAACGCCAGCCACCAGUCAGCCUACAAAAGGGAAAGAGGCGACGGUUGGAGAAAUCACCACGAGGGGAAACACUUAAAGCCGAACCAUCAGCAGCAGCGUCAGUCUGGAUCCACUCCGGAGCCACACCCGCUGGGCUCUCAGAGUCUGAGCACCAGAAAGGAGCUUUAUGAAAGAGACUUUCCUGUUUACAAACAGCCUGUGGAAGUAGGAAGUUUCUCCCUCGAUGGUGAGCGCAGGUUCUUCAACGACGACAGGCAGAUGAGAUACUACGAGGAACCUGAGAGAACUCCCAAUUUCGACCUGAGGGACGGAUACAAGGACCGCUUUAUAAAAAGGGACGACAGUGUGAAGGAGAAGCUGGAACACAUCCUGCGCUGGAUCACAGCCAAUAGAACAAAGUGUAACCAAACUGCGACCACGGCCUCAUCACGUGCUUUAGAUGCCGACUUUGUGACAUGGAGGGGUCACCUGACCAAGCUGCUGACCACUCCCUAUGAGACGCGGGAGGGCUGGCUGCUGGCGGCCACCAUGUUCAGAGGAACGCUUUACAUCAGUGAAGUGGAAACAGAGGCAGCUCGGAGCGACCGAGAGAACCGCACUGCGAGGCAUGAAGAGAUGAUGUACUGGGGCUACAAGUUUGAGCAAUACACAUGUGCAGAUAAGGUCCACAGUUUACCUGACUCAAGUGGUGUGGUGAACACGAAUGAGGCCUUUUGCACGGUGGUGCAGACUCGGCUCGCGGAUCACAGGCUUCUGUUCUCCGGAGAGGUGGACUGUCGGGACAAAGAUCCCAACGCUCCAGCUGCUCCUGCCUGCUACGUCGAGCUGAAGACCUCCGCAGAGAUUUGCACCCCAAAACAGCGCAGCAACUUCCACAGGUUCAAACUGCUGAAGUGGUGGGCGCAGUCGUUCCUCCCGGGGGUCCCUCGCGUUAUAGCCGGCUUUCGGGAUCAUGAAGGAGUGGUGGUCUCUCUGGAGACGUUUCACAUCUCCAAGAUAUCACAUCUCAUCAAGAAUGAAUUUAACUGCUGGAAGCCGACAGUCUGUAUGAACUUCUGCUGUGAUUUCUUGUCUUAUGCGAAGCAUGUGGCUACUGAAGACAACCCAAGUGUGGUGUACCUGUUCUCCUGGGAGCCCCACAGAGAUGUGACCUACUCCAUCCACAGGGACUCCCCGUAUUCAUUCCUGCCCCGCUGGUAUAUCGAGGAGAUGACCAGCAGUCGGGACUCACAUCAGUCAUGAUUUACAGUAUCUGCUCAAACAGAAUUCUUGAUUUAUUGUAAGUGGCCUCCAAUGGAGGGAUUUUUUAAAAACAAAAUAUGUUGGCAUUUUAUGCAUGGACAACUUAAAUUGUGCAGCUUGCAUAGAGAUCAUGAUCAUUGGGAGGGAUUUUUUUUAUUAUCAUGUAUUCGUGUGUCAGACUGAAGGGUAUUAUUCUCCUGCGUGUGUGUGCGCAAACAGGCUACAUCCAUACUGUUUUUGUUUUUAAACCACCGUCAAUAGGUAAAUACCUUAAAAGGCAUUAUCACAUGAUCAUUCACGUACACUGGGCAUGUGCGUGUCAGUGUAAACAGGAAGCAGAUUAUCUACUCUGCUGCUGAUUGCUUACAGCAAACACUAAAAACAAGAAACAAACAUGGUAAAAAGAUAGAGCAGGAUUUCUUUUCUUGGAUUGAUGUAGUGAAACUGUUGAUGACACUAAGUGUUUACAAUGUUUUGCCCUCACAGCUGGUAGAGUAGUGACCGAUAAGAACCAGGUGGCGAAUGCAUGUGACUGCAUCUUCGUUUCCAAACGUAGACGGUUUGGCCGAGCAUAUGUUUACAAACUCAAAGGGGGCCAACAGCAAUUCCAACCUUUCCAGUUUUAGAGGCUGGAAAACUCCACAGCUGUGUAACUGUGGCAACAGUGAUCAGUUUUAAAACUAAAAGGUAGUAGUGUGGAUGUAGCCUCACUUUGUAUUCUGCUCUGUCGGAGACGGUGGAAGACACUCACACGUGCAGAGUGAAUGCGUUCUCUACAAAGUUUACGCCUAAUAUUUCCCGCCUGUCGAGAACGGUAUUCAUUCAUCAUUUAAAAGAGAUCUGUGUUUUUUUCAUGUAAAUAACCAAUCACAGUGUAGUGUCAGAAGUUUCACAAACUUUAUUAUUCCCUGGUUAUCACAAUCAGUUUAAAUACCCAAAACUGUUAGUAUGUUGAAAUAAACAAAAUUAGAAAAUGUUUUUAAAAAAUGUGUUGAAAAUAAAUGAAAGUGCAUCAGCAGUUACAAAUAUCUUUCUGUAAACUGUUAAGACAAAUCACAACAUGUUCAGAUGAGUCACUGCCUUCUCUGUUGUUUUUUUAAAUAACAGUGACACAUUCUCCAGAUUUGAGCCCUUUCUCAUCUUUUAAAUAAAGCUCAUUUCAUUCUCCCGUAAUCA